AUGGCAGAGACGCGGCCGGGGCCGGAGCGGGGGCUGCAGCUCAGCGCGCUGCCGGACCAGUCCCCGCUGUUGCAACCCGCCCUGGAAGAGCUGCGGCGCCAGGCCCGGGCGGCCGGCGCUCCGCCGACCCCGCUGCCCCUCACCGAUUCCUUCCUGCUGCGGUUCCUGCGCGCCCGGGACUUCGACCUCGACCUGGCCUGGCGGUUACUGAAAAACUAUUAUAAGUGGAGGGCAGAAUGUCCAGAAAUAAGUGCCGAUCUACGCCCUAGAAGUAUCCUUGGCCUUCUGAAGGCCGGUUACCUUGGAGUUCUGAGAGCCAGAGAUCCCGCUGGCAGCAAAGUUCUUAUUUACAGAAUUGCACCAUGGGAGCUGCUAGAAAACAUGUUCCUGAGAAUGUUCUUCAGUCUUUAGGACAUUUUAUAACUGCAAACGACUAACGGUUAGCAUUUCUUACCUUCCCUGGUAACGAAGUAUACUUACCAGGCAAAAUGCUGGUCAUUGUUAGUUAAGUCCCGUGUAAUUGAAGAAAAAUUUGACUGGCUCUCCAAACUAUAACCUUUCAAGACACAGAGGAUCAAAAUGGAGGGGAAUGCCUCCUUUUGAAUGGAGGAAAUAUAUCUGUUUACACUCAAGGUGAACUGGUGGUCAGCACAGUGCCUGGCACAUUAUAGACAUUUAAUAACUUCUUGUUGAAACACUGAAUAGAUAAGCUUGCAUUUAUUAAAAUCAUCUAGAUCAUUUUUCUUGGCGAACUUGGAGGAUCUUAGAGGAUGAGAGAAGAGCCAGAACACUGGAAAAUGGGCAAUCAUUGUGAGAAUUUGCAAAAAGUGGAAGAAGGUAGAUUUCAAAAUCGUAAGUGAUGAAUUUAGUGGAAAUCCCAAAUAAGGACAUGACUCGUAACAGCUAACAAAACUGUGGUCUUGAAGAGCUCAUUCGCAAAGAACACCUCAGGUUAGACAUACUAUACCUUUUCAUAGAAUUAAUAUAUUAGACUACAGUAGAGACAUUAAGAAAAUGAUGACUCUGGAGUUCAGAACGGUUCUGUACCUAACAUAGUGCAUCAUCCCAGGCCCUAAGGAGGCACUUGAAGCCUGACUGAUGAGAAUAAUGUGAUAAUUUGGUGAUAAUCACUUUCUAACUUGUCUUAUUCAACAAUUUAUAGUCUCCAAAUAAAAAGAUGUUUGAAUAUAUGUAGGUCACAUGAAUCUGAGAAGAAUAACCAAUAGUUUGGUUAAGAAAAUCAGAAUUCAGGGGCACCUCGGUAGCUCAGUCGGCUAAGCAUCUGACUUCAGCUCAGGUCAUGAUCUCAUCUGUGGGU